AUGGCUCUUGGUUUCGCUAAUACUAGUUAUCGUGAAUAUCAACCUCAAACCAUCUACAAUACAAUCACGCUGAUAAGUAAACAGAAUCCUUUCAAGAUGAGCCCUGGCGCAAUAUCCCCCACGGCAGCCAAUGAGGUUGAAAGAAAAUACCAUAGUACGAAGGCGGCAUACUCGUUGCCCAAUGAUAACAUCGAGCAUCAUAGACUGGAGUCGCAAGCAGAGUGUCUCCGCGUCAACCAAGGAGGAACCGAUUUCUUUGCACCUCUAGACAAGGAAAUAGUGCGCAAAACCAUUGACAUCGGCUGCGGUACUGGUUUUCUUACGCACGCGAUGGCAUCAGAGUUCCCUGCGGCUCAAAUAUACGGAGUCGAUCUCUCCCCAGUGCCGGAAUUGAGGCCAAAGUUACCCAACAUCGAAUACGUGAUUGAGAAUAUUGCGACCCUGACCGACCCGCCAAAUCCAGAUGAUCGGUUCAAACCAGCUUCGUUUGACUACGUCUUCUCACGGUUGUUGAUCAUGGGCUUGACUGAUUGGAAGGGGCACUUGCAACGUUGUGUUUCUAUGGUGAAGCCGGGCGGCUGGGUCGAAUUUCACGAUCUAGAAAACGUUGUACAUCGUGUUCCGGACGACGUCACUACUCCAACCCUUUUGGCCCCUCACGACCUCACUUUGGCCCAGGUAAAGUCGAAGUCACAUCCGGCAGACCAGUAUCUCAAUGACCCGGCAUGGAACGUCACUUUCCAAAAACUUCUGAGGAGAAAGGGGCUCGAUCCUCUCAUUGGCUGGCGUCUGCCUCAGAUGUUUGCCGAUGCGGGUUUGGUAGACAUCAAGGUUCGACGAUAUAUGUAUCCGUGGGGAGUAUGGGAGGGCAUGACGGAUGCAGAGAAGCAAUUCGCUGAGUUAGGCAGAGGGGUCAUUAGCCAAAUGUUGCCAUCAGCAUUGGCCAAAUUGCAGCAGGGGAUUGGCAAGGCCGAGGAGGAGGGAGAGGUCAAGAGCGCCAUUGAAGAUUUGCAUGCUCAAGCUAGGAGUUGGGAGCGUGGGAGGCUUUUCAUUUGGCUGUACGUUGUGUACGGUCGAAAGCCAGCAGAAUAG